AUGGCUCUCCCGAACUCAACGCCGCCUCUCCUCCUGACGAAGCGCCUCAACGCCUUUCUACACGCCAACCAGACCCCUCAGCUGCCCACGCUCCUCCUCACCACAUGCCACGGCAAACUUCUCGCCCACGCAAGCCCGCACCCGGUGUCUGUCCUCCGCACGCAUGCUACCGUCGCGGCCUCCCUCCUCGCCAUCCACACAUCUUCCUCGGUAGACGUCCCCUCCGCGCUGCCCGGCUCGCGAACCCCCGAUCCCAUCACCAGCUCGCCCAUCCUCCGGCCCGACACCUCGGAUAAAGAGGACGAAGACGACGACGACGAUGUAGCGCCUCACGAUGUCGCGGCCUCCAAAAGGGCAGCCGCCAGGAGAAGAGCCGCCAGGUCCGUCAAACCCGUCACCAUCACAGUCCAGCUCAGCGGCGGGACCGUCAUCAUCCGCCGUCUCAAGUGCGGCCUGCUGUUUGUAUGUGUCGGUCCCUCGGCGCACGACCUCCAGUCCGACGUGCAUUUGCAGCACGAAAACGGCGAUGUGACGGGCAGCCCGAGCGAGGUGGAGAGCCUGGUCAGCGCCGGGGCCCAAACGACGUCGAGUCUGGACAGCGUGGGCGCCGCUUCCGUCGUCGCCAUGAGGAGGCACGCGGCAGACUUGGCGCGCUGGCUGGACGACAAGCUGGGCACGUUGCGGGUUCCAGAGGAAGGGGUCGGGUCAAGCGAUUGA